AAAAAAAAACAUUUCAAAAUUGUUUUAAAAUUUUCAUAAAAUAUAAUGAAACUAAUCAUCAUAACAAUUCUUCUUUUUGUGACGCCAUUAUGGGCUCAUACAUUAGAGAUGCCUACAACAACCGCAAUGCACAAUGCAGAAAAUAUGAAAAUGAAUUGCCCCGAAAAUGAAGAAUAUCAUGAAUGUGGUACUGCAUGUCCGGAUACCUGUGCAAAUAAAGAUGAAGUUAGACCAUGUAUUAUGGUCUGUAGAUCUGGUUGUUUCUGUCAAAAAGGAUUCGUACGUUCCGGUGUAAGCGAAAGUAAUAAAUCACUUGGACAUUGUGUUUCGCUUGGAGAAUGUGAAAAUAUUUUGAAAAAUCAAAGCAAUUAAUCAUCAACAACUGAAUAUUCUGAACAAUAUUUCAUUCGAAUUU